CCCUCUCUCUCUCUCUCUCUGACACUUUCUCUCUCCAGCUCUCGCGAAAACCUCGCUCGCUCACUCGCCACUUGGCUAACUCGACGCCCGCUCCAACGCCCCUUUCGCCGUCGCCGGAGACAAUGCACUACCAGACGGAGUCGUGGGGCUCGUACCUCCCGGCGGCGAGGCCCGUCGGCGUCCUCGCCGGCGACCCGGUGGAGCGCAUAGAGCGGAUGGCGGCGGAGAGCGCGGUGGUGAUCUUCAGCGUGAGCACGUGCUGCAUGUGCCACGCCGUCAAGAGCCUCCUCUGCGGCAUGGGCGUCAACCCCACCGUCCACGAGCUGGACCACGACCCGCGGGGGAAGGAGCUCGAGAAGGCCCUCGCCAGGCUCUCCGGCGCCCCGCCCUCCGCCGCCGUCCCCGUCGUCUUCAUCGGCGGGAAGCUCGUCGGCGCCAUGGACCGCGUCAUGGCCAGCCACAUCAACGGCACCCUGGUCCCCCUCCUUAAGGAGGCCGGCGCGCUCUGGCUCUAGCCCGCCGCUCCCGCCGCCAACUCCGCCGCCGUUAACCACCUCCCCCCUUUUUUUACAGUGGGCUCUGUUCUAACCAGGAGGAAAA